GCUGCAACGUUCAGAGGAGCUCUGAUUUUGGAUUCAGAUUAUGGAAACUUCUCAGAUGGACGUUUGAUUGAUUUUUCUUAUUAUUGUUGUUUUUUGUUUUUUUUUUCUUCACUGGCAAAGCUUUCCCGUUCGUCUCGGAUGUAGCAAAAACUUCCCAAGAGCUAGCUGCGUUGAGAACACUACAAAUGUGUUUUUGUGUUCCAGAUGAGAAUUUAUGAGCUUUGGAAUCGUUCCAAUGUAUCACCGAUUCGAUUCAUCCAUCAUGUCAGGAAAGAUGUUUCGUUUUCCUACCUCACACUAUCUGAUGUUAGCUGCUCUGUGGAGUCUCCUAAGCCUGGGUUCGCUUACCACCUGGCCAGGCAUUCCUGGAAGCAAAGCAAAGGAUCAGUUGGACCCGAAUGUGAGAGACUGGGGGGACUACUCAGAUAUCCCUGAUGGGAUCCAACAUGGACUGGGACUGGAAGAGGACAGAGAACCUGAAGACAACAGGGGUGCUGGAGAACCUUCAUCGCAUUUGGCUCCGGAGCUGGACUUUUUGGCGGACUUAGCAGGUAAAAAGCGUCUAUGGGUGAUAACAGCUGCAUCACACAAUGACCACUAUCUUCAGAUGAUGGAGAAACAGUUGGAGGACAUGGAGCAAAAAGGGCUGAACUGCCGUCUGGCAGAAAGAGACACCUUCAUCAUUACCAUCAUCCAGAAUGCCAUGAUGGAAGGGCGAAUCCAGAAAACCACUUUUCAAGGCGAUGCCAUAGUGGAGAGCCUGGAUCCUGACACAGUCACCAAACUGCUUCACUACCUGGAUCUUACCAGCCAAGAUCAAACUUUCACCAUGCUGGUUAUGAAGAAGAACCUCCAGGUCACUGAGCGCUUCCCCUAUCCAGUUCGAGUUGAGGCAAUUUUUGAGUUGAUUGAUCGGUUCCCCAUGAGGAAGCUGGAGAAGAUGACCAGAAAAGGAUCUAACCUAAGGUGUAAAACGACUAAAAAGAAGGUGGUUGCCAAACGAAAAAAGAUUGUUAAAAAGAUGGUGCUGAACUCUCAGAGUGGAGGAAACAUGACCACGUCGGUGCCUUCACAAAGGAAAACUUUGGACAAAAAAGCUGUGGUGAAGAGUAAAAUCCAGGACAUACUGAAUGGUCGGUCGAGGUUUGUGAUCCGUAAGGUAGCUGCUGGAUCAACAAAAGGAAAGGAGUUGAGCAGUAACCCCUGGGGAACCUCUGAAAUGUCCAGUCUGCCUUCUGCUCCAAAAAGUAACGAGGAAGUAAAAACAGACAAGCCUUCAACCACUGUCGAUGAAAAAAAGAAACAAAAUGGAGGGACAAACCCUGAAGAUAAAGUUGAAGCGAAUGAAAAAGUUGAUUCCCAAAAAAAAGAGAGCCCAAAGAAAAAGGGCAAAGGGAAGAAAGCAAAGAAAGGGAAAGGGAGAGGGAAAAAGUCAAACAAAGAAGUUAGUGAAGAGGAUAAAGUGAUCAUGGGGACGUUUUUGAACAGUUUAAGUGGGUCCAGAAGGCUGAUGCUGAUCUCAACGCCGAGCAGAGAUGCAACACUGUUCAUCCAGCAGACUGAGGAGAACGAGAAACAACGCUGUGAACUGGCUCUCAGGAAGAUCACCGUGGCAACCAUCGUGGGCGAAGGAAGUGACGCCACCAUUAAUCUGCAGCAUCAUCAGCUCGAGUCAGAGUCUUCUCCCAGCGACUUAUCAGAGUCCAUCUUAGACCCUCGUCUGAUCCCACUGUUGAGAGCAGAGCUCGGCUUGUCGUCUUCAGACCUUUUUUCUAUGACAGUCACAGAUUAUGACAUCAAGCCCAAAAGGGUUUUUGAGGCCCCUCCAUCGAGUCCAGAUUUGUUCGGGUACAUUGACAACUUUUCUUCAAGGCAUUCGGAGAAGGAGAAAGAAAGGAGGAGUCCUCCAGUUUGUGCCAAAGAUAUUCAGGAGCCUGUGGUGGAGGAUUCACUGUUCAGAUUCAUUUCCAAACGAAGACUGCUGUUGAUCUCUGCUCCUGCUGAGGAUGACUACUUUUUCCAGCAGCAGAUUUCUGCUCUCAGUGGACAGGAGUGUAGCCUCGGUAUUCGUCACUUUGCCAUGUUAAAGCUGACUGGAAAUGGAGAAAAGGCAUCAGGAACUGUUGAGCUAUUACCUCUAAAUGGUCGUAGUCAGAGUGAGACUGAGCCGUUGUCUCGUGACAUGGUCAACAACCUGAGAGAGCAGCUUAAGAUCAGUAAGGACUAUUUCAGCAUGCUGGUCGUGGGGAAGGAUGGCGAUGUCAAGGCAUGGUUCCCUUCACCUUUGUGGUCCCUAGAGAACAUCUAUGACCUGGUGGACUCGUUGGAGCGUCGCCUCCAGGAGGCAAAGCUGCAGGAGAGGUUGGGGAUCCACUGCCCCGAUGACAGAGGAAGAGGAGGCAGUGAGGAGGGCCACUAUCCUGGUUAUGACGAAGAUGGGGCAGAAGAGGCACGCGUGUUAAACAGAUAAAGUUUAGGCAUCUGUUGAACAGAACUUUAAAAAAAGACAAAAACGAUGGAAUACUUUCAAAAAUGAAAGCACAUGCUCAACAUUCAACUGUACAAUAAAAUGGCUGAAGCCAGAGAUUUUUUUUUUUUCUGUUUGGCAACAUCUCU